UGCACUCGCUUGCCAAAAGUUAGACACACCUACACCCGCCUCCGAUCUCCAUGGAUAGCUCUCCAUGCACGUAUAAAUAGCCUCGUCGACUCGCUGCCGUAGUAGUAGGUGGCGCUAUGGCUGGUGCUCGCGGCGUCACCUGCCAUGUCCAGUGCGAGAUCAGGUCCGUCCGCGUCACGGGCCUCGGUUGCGGCGGCGGUACCGGAGGCGAGCUCUUCCUCCGGUGCCUCGUCCCCGCGGGCGGCGGGAGGGCGAUCCAGAUCGACACCCGCGGCGCCGAUCAGCCGGACGGGUCAGGAGAGACAACAACGGGCGGCGCCGUGUCGUGGCGCGAUGUGGCGUCGUUGAGCUGCGACGGAUCGCCGGCGUGCGUGCGCGAUCUCGUGGACCGGGGCGCGGUGGUGUUCGAGGUGCGGAGGUGGCGUGGAGGGAGGAGGCGCGCGGUGCUGCUGGGGCGGGUCCUGGGGUCGGAGCUCAUCGGCCGCGCCGAGGUCCCGUGGAGGGACGCCGGCGGGAGCGGCGACGUCGCCGUGGCAGUGGAGCGGCGGGUCGAGCUCGCCACGCCGAGUAGCUGGCGGGCCCUGGGCGAGGAGGCGCCGGCGAUCCUGUCCGCGAGGAUGAGCGUGCGCGUGUCGGAGACGCCGGUGCCAGCCGGACGGGGGCGGGCGGCAAACUCGGCGGCGCAUCCGCAAGGGCAGAGCGGCUGCGAGUGGAGCGCCGGGGACGAGGACGUGUUCGCGGCUGUCGCUUGCGCUGCUGACGAUGCGUUCGAGUAGCUACUCCAAGCUGUAAUUCUGAUCGCGUUAAUUUGGAAGGAAAAUGGUGUGUGUUUUUCGGUGGACUCGACUGGUAAAUAUCUGAAGAACUUCAGAGGAUUUUCUGUUGAGCCAAGUAAAAAACAUGCAUACUGCAUUUUUUUGCGACUAUUUGCACGUGUAUUUAAUUCUGGUAAUGAAACGGAAAAGAGG